UCCUGGGUCCUUGGCACCCAUCAGUUCCCCUGGUCAACCCCAGGAAAGGAAAAGGCUAUAAAAUGCUGUUAUCCAAGGUAUUUAACCCUCAGCCAAUUGAAUGGCAUUUCCUUUUGAACACUCCCACCUGGCCGGCAGGUGCAUAAAAAGAAAAGGGAUGGUCCCAGUUGCACAACAGCCACAGCCUGCUGCAGAGCUAAGACUUUCUUUUCUUUUUCUCUGGUAUUUUCCUAGUCCAUCUUUUUUUUGGGAUCUGCCAAUCAUGCUUUUCUGGCACAGCCAACCUGAUCAUUACUGGCCAAGCCCGGGGGAAGUGUAUCCUUGCUCUGGAAGCAACAUUAUAAGGGAAUCCCUGACAUUGCCAUUCCUGAAACAGGAAGAACCAAACAGCAUCUCCACGUCCGCCGAACAGCACUGCCCUUCUUUCCAGUAUGUUCUGUGUGCCGUUACCUCUCCAGCUGUCAAGCAGCAUGAGGAGACCCUUACCUAUCUCAACCAAGGGCAAUCUUAUGAGAUCCGGAUGCUGUGCAAUCCCAAGAUGGGAGAGUUUGCAGAGGGGCGCAAGUUACUGAAGAGUGUUGUCAGGGUGGUAUUCCAUGACCGGCGACUACAGUAUACUGAACACCAGCAGCUGGAGGGAUGGAGGUGGAACAGGCCAGGUGACCGCAUCCUGGAUAUUGAUAUCCCCAUGUCCGUCGGCAUCCUUGAACCUCAUAUCCACCCGAACUUGCUCAACACCGUGGAAUUCCUGUGGGACCCGACAAAGCGGACUUCUGUCUUUGUCCAGGUCCACUGCAUCAGUACUGAAUUCACAUUACGCAAGAACGGUGGGGAGAAAGGUGUUCCCUUCCGAAUCCAGGUGGACACCUUCCGGUCCAAUGAGAAGGAGGAACAUGUGGAGCACUUGCACUCGGCCAGCUGCCUCAUCAAGGUCUUCAAGCCCAAAGGAGCAGACCGGAAGCAAAAAACAGACCGGGAGAAGAUUGAGAAGCAGUCCCUUCAGGAGCGUGAGAAAUACCAGCCCUCGUACGAAAGCACCAUGCUGACAGAGUGUGCCCCAUGGCCAGAAGUUGCCGGCAACCUUCACAGUCCUCCGACCACCCCUGGACUUGUCUCUCCCCAUCCCUUCAAGCUUCAGACCCCUGAAAGGAUGUGCUCCUCACCUGGCUACACCCUGGAUAGCUCAUCAGAGAGCACGGCAGAGGCCCUGAGCCCCAGCGCUUCCAUCUUGGAAACCCAACAAUGGUUGCACAAAAACAGGUUCCCCAAUUACUCCCGGAUUUUCGCCAGCUAUACAGGAGCUGACUUGCUCAGGCUCUCACGCACGGACCUUGUGCAGAUCUGUGGAACAGCAGAUGGAAUCAGACUCUCAAAUGCGCUAAAGGCCAGGUGUGUGCGCCCUCGGCUCAUCCUUUAUGUGUCCAGGGAGGUGGAAACUAGCGGGAAUGUCUCUCCAAAUGAAGUGUCUGCCCUGUACCAGGAAUUGUAUCUGGAAGAGCUGACCGCCAGCGAGCUGACCAAUAAACUGGCAGAACUGCUCAGCCUCCCGGCCAACCAGAUUCAGCAGGUUUCUAGGCAGGGGCCGACAGGAAUUCACAUCCUUGUCAACGAUCAGAUGGUCAGAAAUCUUCCAGACGAAUCAUCCUUUGUAGCAGCUGUAACAAAAGUGCAGAACACAGAAGGUUAUCACUUAGUUCUAAAAUAGACCUGGACCUUCUAGAAGAUGACACGACGCUGGCCUCCAAGAAGAUGAGGAGCAAAGGGAUGCAGAAGCAAGCAUAAUAAUAAUAAUAUAUAGAGAGAGAGUUAUUAAAAACCACAAGUUCACUGUAUCUCAUUGAACGCAAGAUUUCGCAAGGCUGAACUCUUCAAGAUCUGGAGCCGAAGGACCAAACUGGCUUUUGUUUGUAGCAACAGAGGUCUGCAUCGAAACUGAACACAGAAACAGCUUUCCAUCUUGCAUCUGAAACUUGCAAUAAGAGGGUGGGAAGCAAGUUGAUGAGCAAGCAGGAUGAGCAAACAUGCUUUAUCUUGAUAAAGGAGGCAGCAGAGAUGUCAGUUAUACGUGAGAUAGUAUCCAAGGAAGAUAUAUUUGUGUAUAGGCUAUAUAGGAUAAAAUUAAAAGGUUUUUUAAAAAAACAAAAAAACCCCAAAAACCAAACCUCACAGGCUUUUGCUACAGUACUGAAGUUCCAGCACGGUGUCAAUAAUUGGUUAGCAGAGCUGUUGCAAAAGACAUAUGGCUGUUUUUUGGAAUAUGUUGUCCCUACAUAACCAUUUUCAGAAUGGCUGACCUGCAUCUGACACGAGGCCUUGGGAGCAACAGCUUCCUGACAACACCCACUGCACAGAUGGGCGCCAGGGAUCUAGCUGGGAGUGCAAGAGGUCUCCUAGCUAUCUAAAUGCUUACACUGCUAUCCUUUAUGUGGUAUAAUUAAUCAGUUCUCAGGCGGAAGCACAUCUUUAAUCUUCAAGCAGUACCACAAGGCAGAGAUUACCAGUGUAGCUUGCUCAGAACUUCUCCAGCUCCUGCUCUCAGCCCAACUUACCACAGGGUACAAUCUACUGAAUAGCUUGCCCCCUGCAAGCAGAGGCCAAUUGUAUGUGCGAAGGAGACACCACCACCCCUUCCCCAAAGUGCUUGACAACAGUUUUAGUGUGCAUGCAUGUUAAACUGGUUCGCUGAGUUUCUGUUGGGCAGGACAAUCUGUAGUUAGAAUGUCAAGCUGGAGAGAUGUAUCAUCACCACAACUGGAGAAGAGGGGUGGGACAGCUUCACACUUGGCAGAAUGAGAAUCUGUUAAUGGUGCAUUUCUUAAAACACCAAAUGCUUAACCUCCAGUAUGUAUUCUAACUUUCAGGAUAUAGCGAGGUCACUUUAAUAGCCAGGCUUGUUUGUCUGGUGCUAUCCAAUUACAGGAGUCUGGAUGUCAAUUUCUGUGUGUCAGUUUUAUUAAAGAGAAAAGCCAAUCAAACAUUGAAAAGAGGUGGUUCAUAAAAAUCUAAUGGAAGCUUUAAGCUGCAAUUCUACAUACUUACCUGGAAGAAAGCCCCACUGAAUUCAAUGGGGCUCACUCACAAAGUUGCAUAGGAUUGUCCCAAUGGUUACGAACUCCAAUGUUGCACUUGAUCUGUAGACCAGAAACACAAACUAUUCCAAACCACUAGCUUUCAAAUGUCUUUUCCCAAGAAAGGUAUAUGCCUUUAUACUGCUUAAAGCAUUUUUUUUCAUGUAUUAGUAUUAACUGCAAUCUAAAAAAAAAUAUCUAUUUGUAUUUUGAUGUAUUUGUAUUUGUCUAUGCCUUUUUAUAUUAAAA